CGACUGCCCAGGUUUGGCGCGUUAAGUGGCCCCGCGCCUGCCGUGUCCGUCUUCGGGCGGCGGAAAAACCGGACCACCGCCCCACUCUUUUUUCUGAGAGGAAAGUUCGACUGGCGAAAAGUUCGAGGUGCGUCGAGGUGCAUUGUCCACACACGCGACACCCGCAAUGGGCGCAAUCAAACGCAAAGCAGACCAGGGCACAGCUCCCGCGAAGAAGGAGAGGAGCGCCCCGCAGGAUCGAUCUGCAAAACGCCAGCGCAAAUCCGACGCCGCAGACCAGCCGCCGCCCGCGAAAGCGAAGCCCGACAUUUCCACGCAGAACAGCAUCUUCAAGGACGAGGAAAAGUCGUUCCCCCGUGGAGGCGCCAGCGUCUUGACACCGCUGGAGCACAAGCAAAUCCAGAUCAAGGCCAACCAGGAUGUGCUUUUCGAGCAGGCCGGAGGGAAGAAGCGUGGUGGGGACGAUGGGAUGAGCGACGAGGAUGAAGACAUGGGAAGCGGCGACGAGGAUGCGCCAACGAAAUCCAAGAAGCGUAGAGCGAAGAAAAACAAGAAUGCGCUUGGCGAGGAGGAAGAGGUCCAUAAGAUCAGGGCCGAGGGCUUGACUUUCAAGAACCUCGCAAUCGGCACUCUUGUUCUGGGACAGAUCAUCGACGUUACCGCACAGGACAUCGCUCUCGCUCUCCCCAACGGUCUCGUAGGAUACGUGCCCAUCACCGCAAUCUCCGACAAGCUCGAUGAUAGGAUAGAGAAGCUUCUCAAGGAGAACGAAGAGCUGGAAGAGGUCGAGGACGACGAGGACGAUUCUGAGGAUGUGGACUUGAGGACCAUGUUCACCGUUGGGCAGUACCUACGUGCACGUGUGACCUCUCUUUCCGAGGACGCUGCUCCUGGCGAAUUCACAGCGAAGCGCAAGCUGGAGCUGUCCAUCCACCCCCACGCUGUGAAUCGAGGCAUUUCGAAAUCGAGCCUGGUGGAGAAUCUUAUGGUCCAGGCGUCUGUCAUCAGCAACGAAGACCACGGCUUGGUUAUGGAUUUGGGUAUAGAUGAGAAGAAUUUGAAGGGCUUCCUGGGCAAGAAAGAGUUGGGCGCGUCAAUCGACCAUGCCAAGAUUCAGGAGGGCGCUGUGUUCUUGUGUCUGGUAUCCGGUGUUAAUGCUGACGGCAGGAUCGUCAAGCUCCUGGCGGAUCACGCCCAAGCGGGGAAUCUGAAGAAAGGACACACGCUUACGGUUGCGCCCACGAUCGACGUCUUCCUCCCCGGAACUGCGGUCGAGUUCCUCAUCACUGAAACAUCGCCCAACACUCUUACUGGUAAGGUGAUGGGUCUAAUCGAUGCAACCGCCGACACCAUCCAUUCUGGAGCCGCCGAGAAGGCAACCGAUCUCACCGAGAAGUACAACACAGGAAUGAAGAUAAAGGCCAGAAUUAUCUUCACAGCGGAGGAUGAAGAUGAUGUGAAAAGGGUCGGAGUCUCGCUCAUCGAUCACAUCCUCUCCUUGACCACUCGCAUGACUGGAAAAGCGAAAGAGCGGAAGUCUCCCCUGGACGUCGUUCCUUUGUCUUCUAUUGUCGAGGACGCAAAGGUCACCAAGGUCGUUCCUAUGCUUGGAGUUUUCUUUGCCCUUGGCCCUCGCGAUGUCGCUGGUUUUGCUCCCUUGAACAGGCUUGCGGAUGAAAGAGUUGAGAUGCCGAUGGAGGGUUCUGGUCCUUUCCAGUUGGCGUCAACACACAAGGCCCGUGUCAUUGGCUUCAGUGCUUUCGAUGGGAUGUACCGACUUUCCCUCGAAGAAAAAGUCCUUUCACAGCCCUUCCUUCGCAUCGACGAGAUUAAGGUGGGACAGGUAGUCAAGGGCAAGGUCCAGAAGCUGUUCGCAGACAGGGAUGGGUCUACUGCCCUCCUGGUGCAUCUAGCGGACGGAAUCAACGCAGCGGUUUCUGAGAUUCACUUGGCCGAUACGAAACUCCAGCAUCCCGAGCGCAAAUUCCGCGAAAACGCGCCUGUCACUGCCCGUGUGCUAUACGUGGACGUUCAGAAGCAUCAAGUACGACUUACUCUGAAGAAAUCCCUUGUGAACUCUGAUGUUGAGCCAUGGUCAAACUACUCUCAACUCUCUGUUGGUGCUACUGGUCCUGGAACACUGGUCAAUGUCAAACCUGCGGGAGCACUGGUCCACUUCUAUGGUAGCCUGCGAGCCUGGCUUCCCGCCGCUGAGAUGAGCGAAGCGUACAUCGCAGACGCUACGCGACAUUUUACCAGGGGUCAGGUGGUCAACGUCCGCGUCCUAUCCGUCAAACCCGAAGAGCACCGCGUCGUAGUCUCGUGCAAAGACCCUGCGGCCGUUAACGCAGACAAGGAAACCAAGUUUAACGAGCUAGCAAUCGGCGAUAUUGUCAAAGGCAUCGUCGAGGAGAAGGGCGCCGACUCUGUUAUCGUGGAGUUGGAAGGUGGCGUCAAAGGUACGCUUAGAAUUGGUCACCUCACCGACGGCUCGGAGAAGAAGGACCAGUCGACGAUGGCGCGCGUCCGUGUUGGGGGACCACUCGAUGAUCUCAUCGUCCUUCAAAAGCACCGCAAGUCAAGGACUGUGGUUCUCACAAACAAGCCCAGUCUUCGAAAAGAUGCGCAGGCAAAGAAACUCAUCACGAAGAUUGAUGAUGUUAAAGCUGGCUCGACCGUGCAUGGCUUCAUCCGCGCUAUUGACCCUGACAAGGUGUUCGUUGAAUUCGCUGGUGGUGUCAGCGGUCCCAUAUUCAAGUCAUCCCUGUUGGAAGACAUGCUGUCAAAGCCAGCUUUCGGACUGCGUCAGGAUCAGUCCAUUACCGCCCGUGUCACUCACGUGGAUUUGGACAAGAAGCGACUAUGGCUCUCUCUGAAGCCAGCCGAGUCGGAGGAGCCCAAGAAACAGCUAGCAUCGUCAGCUAUAGUUGCAGUCAACCCUGUCGAUGAACACAUCAAGUCCACCGCGGAUAUUGGAUUCGGUACCAAGCUCGCUGUGCGCGUCCGUUCGCCGAAGCCUACUCAGAUCAACGUCAGAAUUGCCGAUAACGUCGAUGGUCGCAUCCACAUUUCGGAGCUGUUUAAGACCUGGGAUGAGAUCGUUGACAAGAAACAUCCGCAUCUGCAAUUCCAAACUGGGCAGACCAUUCAAGUCACCACGGUCGGCAUGCAUGAUGCAAAGAACUAUCGUUUCCUUCCCAUAAGCCACCGUCAAGGCAAGAACAGCAUCUAUGAGCUGACGACAAGAGACCACAUCAACAUCGAGACCGACUUGUUGACCCUGGACAAAAUUUCGAAAGGAGAUUCAUUCGUCGCUUUCGUAAACAAUCACAACGAUCGUUCCGUCUGGGUCAACAUCUCAGCUACUAUUCGUGGCCGAAUUGAUUUCUUCGACCUUACAGAAGAUCUCAACUUGCUUGGAGAUGUCGAGGAGAACUUCCCCAUCGGCUCAGCCCUCCGAGUGCGUGUCAAAGAUAUCGAUGUCAGCAAAAACCGUCUGGACUUCACUGCUGUGUCCAGCGACUCAGUAAAAUCGCUUACACUGAGGGACUUGAAGGCUGGCCUAGUACUACCGGCUCGUGUUACGAAGCUUCAUGACUCACAUAUCGUUGUCCAGAUCAACGAGAACGUCGCAGGACCAAUCUUUCUAGAACAACUAGCAGAUGACUAUGAUCAAGCCAAGCCUUCCGAGUUCAAAGUAGGCGACGUCAUCCGUGUAUGUGUUACACAUGUGGACCCAGCCAACAAGAAGAUCAGCCUAUCUGCACGCCCAUCCAAAGUCCUCAGUUCCUCUCUGCCGGUCAAGGAUGCCGAGAUUACUUCCCGGAAAGAUCUCAAGGUCGGCCAGGUCGUUCGAGGAUUUGUCAAGAGAGUCGACGAAAAGGCCAUCUACGUUCGCCUCGGCCCUGGUGUUGACGCCAUGGUUGCGGUGGGCCAUCUCAGCGAUGAGUAUGUGAAAGACUGGCGUGAGAAGUUCCAAGUCGAUCAGAUGGUCAAAGGAAAAAUCACGGCAAAUGACGACCAGCAGAGGAACCCGCUCAUGAGUUUGAAGAAAUCUGUCAUCGAGGGCGACUAUAUUGCACCUCUCGGCUUCCAGGACAUAGAGAAGGGCCAGAUCGUCACUGCAACCGUACGACACGUUGCAGAGUACGGUGUCUUCCUUGUCGUCGACAAGUCGCGCAAUGUUAGUGGGCUGUGCCAUGUUUCCAAGAUGGCCGACAAGGGCAUUGAGAAAGGCAAAGUUAAGGAGCUGUACAAGGAGGGUGACGCGGUCAAAGCCAAGGUUCUGACGGUCAACCCCAAACUGAGGAAGGUUACGUUCAGCUUGAAGUACUCGGAUAUCGCGGGCAAGAAAGACAAUGAUGACGAGGAUAUGGAGGACGCUUCUGAUGUCUCUGAUGUGGAGGCUGAGUCACCGGACGAAGACGCGGACGAAGACGAGGAUGAGGAUGAGGAUGAGGACAUGCGGAGCGUGAAGAGCGCCAACAGCAACGAGGAGCUCGACGCCAACAUGGAUUCCGACUCCGACGAUAAUGAUGGGGGUGUCUUUACGAAGCCCACUGCAGGCCUAAGCACCACCGGUUUUGAUUGGACUGGUGCCACCCUCGAUGCUGAUGACACGAAAGUAGCUUCCGACGAUGACUCCGACGACGGUGCAUCGAAGAAAAAGAGACGACACAAGAAAGCAACCAUCAAGGAAGACCGCACAGGCGACCUCGACGCUUUCGGGCCCCAGUCUGUAGCUGACUACGAGCGACUUCUCCUUGGCCAACCCAACAAUGCCGAGCUCUGGGUCCGCUACAUGGUUUUCCAACGCGAGCUCAACGAGAUCGAAAAGGCCCGGCAAAUCGCCCGUCGUGCCCUUGCUACGAUGAACCCCCGCGAAGAGAAGGAGAGACUAGACGUUUGGACCGCCCUUCUCCAUUUGGAGAACGACUUCGGCUCCGAUGACCUCAUCGACCAGACCUUCAAGGAGGCCUGCCAAAACAACGACUCACGUGAAAUCCAUGAGCGCAUGAUCAAGAUCUACAUCUCCUCCGGCAAGCUCGACAAAGCAGACAACCUUUACCAGUCGAUGACGAAGAACAAGUCCUUCACGCCCGACCCCGCCCUGUGGCUCUCAUACGCCACAUUCCUCCUGACCACCCUCACACCUUCAUCGCCCGCUCGUGCACGGGCUCUUCUCUCACGCGCAACUCAGAGCGUACCCGCGCCACAGCACCGCUACCUCACGCAGAAGUUCGCAGCGCUGGAAUUUAAGCACGGCGAUGCCGAGCGCGGACGCACCAUCUUCGAAGGUCUCGUCGCGGCGUGGCCCAAGAAGUGGGAUAUUUGGGAUGUGUAUGCUAGUCUAGAGAUUAGCCAUGGCGGCGUGGAGAAUGUGAGGGAUUUGUUUGAGAGAAUGGGACGGGCGGAUAUGAAGAAGAGGAGGGCGGAGCAGGUGUUUAGGCGGUGGAGGGAGUGGGAAGCCUCUGUCGGAGGGGAUGCGAAAAAGGUGGAUAAGGCGGAGCAGGCGUGGAACGAGAAGAAGGCGGAGAAGGGCGAGGCGGAGGAGUAGAGGGGAUGUACUGCAUCGUAUAGCAUUUGAGGCGUUAUAAGUAGUGGGCAAAAUGUAUGAGCUUUCUUGGUUUGCGUACGUUGUUUCUUUGGUUGGGGGUGUGGGUUUGUGCCGCUUCGCUGCUU